AUGUACAAUUGCAGCAAACUAAGAACCAAAACAGAAGGUGUAGAAUGGAAACUGGACGUUUGUCGCAAGAAUGUUACGACCUUGCUAAAUGCAGAUCGAAUUAGCAGUUUGCCAGAUGAACUUAUUCUUGAAAUCCUAUCUUGUAUGGACGCCAAACUAGCUGUUCAAACAUCUUUGUUGUCCACGAGAUGGAAGCUUCUAUGGACGUCGAUACCAUGUCUCAAUUUUUUUAGUCGCAGUUUUGAUUCUUCAUUGAAAGUUGGCAACUUCGUAAGCAAUUUUCUGUCAAGGCGCAACCAUCAGGUAGAUGUGUCCUCAGUGAAGCUCGAUUUUGAAGUCGGUAGUCAAGAAAUUUUGGCGCAGAUUGUAAAUUACGCGGUCUCUCGCAAUGUUCAAAAGCUACUUGUCAUCGUUAAUAAUAAGCGUUUACUCUUCCAGGAUGCUUCUCUUUGUCCCUUUAGCUCCAAGUCUCUCAAAAAGGUCACCUUUAGUAUUCCUUGCCGUACACCCACCACAACUUGGGAUUUUCCAGCUUUAACUACUAUGCAUCUUGAAAGUGUUGAAUUUUUCGACAAUCCUGUUGAUCUGUUCUCCAAGUGCGUGAACCUAAAGAACCUCACUUUGGAAAAGUUUGCCGUUUUUGUUCAGGUUUUUGUCAUCAGUAUCCCUCAACUUUCUAACCUGAGGCUUAACAAUGGCAAAAAUUCUAUCAUUGUCAAUGUGGUUGCACCUCAGCUUGAAAAUCUCACUAUAAGAAAUUGCUCGAUCGAGAAAUUGAAUGCACCACAAGGUCUUACAUCUUUGUGCUACGAAGAUUAUCACCCUCCACAGCUGCCUAGAGACUGUUUUAAUUCUCUCAACAAGGCGAGCGUAAAUUUUCACUUUAGUCGUAUUACCAAACCAUAUAAGGAAAUAGAUGCUCGUGAGACUAUUAACAUGCUCCAGGAGCUCCACAGUGCCAAAUGUCUUACGCUGAACUUGGACAUCGUUGAGUUGUUAAAUGUAUAUGGUGGCCUUUUAGCUGACGUGACAACUUAUUUGGAUGCGGCUAUUAAAAUGGAUGAUGCAUCAGCAAAAGUGCCACUAGAUACAUACAGUAGCACAAUCUUUGAAAGUUGGAUACAUGCUAUGCAAGUGUUUUAA